GCCUGGAGUGUGAAGACAGUGAAUGAGCUCGGACGUUGUUCCAUUGCAAUGCCUGAAUGCCAACUCAUGGGCCAUGGCGCACUCAUCAGCUUCUUCAGGCUGAUCUUUCGAGGGUUUCUUGUUUGGGUAGGGGCUCCUGGCAUCUCUACUAGUAACAAGAAGCUACGAUCGGGGCUCUUGGCCUUACUACGAAUGGAGCGAUCGGACGCUACUACCGGUAGCAAGUUGGGUUCGAACAACAUGGACGGAAGCGGCCCGGAGGAGGUCUUGGACGAAAUGGAAGUGGUGACUCUACUAGUGAUGGCCUCCUGUCUGCGUGUGUGACUUCUGUUGCUAA